ACGCCGUUAAAUUACGUAACAUAACACCGUUAACUUAACGUCGUUUAGAUGAACUGAGUUACUACUUAAACUGUAAUAACGAUUGUAUAAAAAGAACUCCAGUUCCUCAUCUCCUAAACAAAGAGACAGACAGAGAGAAUCGGCCAAGAAAGUGAGAAAGCUCUCUCCCUCAUCUGCGAGGUGACAAUUGUGCAUGGUAGAUUCAUCUAUCAUCUACAAGCUAUAAGUCGCAGAUCUAAGGGAGUAUCUCUCGAAUUUCAACCACCACAUAAUCUAACGUUAUAAGUUAAAAGCUGUGGUUGAUGGAGUUUCCACAUUCUCGUGUCUUUGAAGCACAAGGGAGAAAAAAACCAACGCAUGAUUUUUUAUCAGCCUGCAGUAAUUCCAACGUCCAUCCUGCAGAUCCAAUGCCUUCAUCUCAAGGUGGGUAUCCGAAAACUCAUGAUUUUCUACAACCGUUCGAACAUGUUGGAACAAGAGCUAGUGCCAAGGAGGAAGGGACCAGAGGUAGUGAUGACACAACGGUGGCAUCGUCGGAGCUGAAGUCACCGUACGUUCAUAACCAGCACGUGCUUCCCGGUGGUAUAGGGACUUACACGAUCAGUCAAAUGCCUUACUUGAAUCAUAACCAUCUUCAGCGAGUUCCUAAACCAAAGGUCUCUCCGAUGUUUACGGUGUCCCAAGCUAGCUGUAACGAGAGGAACGCAGUCGAGGAUAAUUCGGUUUCUAAUUGCAGCUCUUACGCUGCAAAGAAUGGGUUCACUCUGUGGAAUGAAUCUAUAGAGAAGAAAGGGCAUACAAGAAAGAGGCAGAGCCAGAGUUUCAUAGACAUGAUAAAGUCUGCCAAAGGAAGUUCUCAGGAGGAUGAUAUGGACGAUGAUGAUGAAGAGUUUGUUACGAAUAAAGGGAGCAACACAUCCACUAGUCAGUCCCAGAGAGUGGAUUUGAGAGUCAAAGUAGAUAAGAAAGGUCAUGGUAACGAACAAAAGCCGAACACUCCUAGGUCAAAACAUUCUGCAACAGAGCAACGGAGGAGGAGCAAGAUCAAUGAUAGAUUUCAAACGUUGAGACAAUUGAUCCCUAACAGCGACCAAAAGCGGGACAAGGCGUCAUUCUUACUAGAGGUUAUUCAAUACAUUCACUUCUUACAAGAGAAAGUAGACAAACACGAGCCACCUGAAGGAACUGUUCCAGUCCUCGCAGAGGCUCAAGCCGUCGACAUGGAGCAUCAACAGUGUCUGAAAAGGGCAAUGGAUACGACUUCGUUUCCUGUGUUGGGUCAAAGGAACAGUUUCUUCUCUCCAGAAUUGUCACAGCUUUGUCCAGUUUCAUCAUCAGAUGUUGCUGCAAUGGAAUGUGAAAAUCUGAGAGAAGAGGAGGAGGUAGAGGAGCUUUCUAUUCAUAAGGGCACGAUCAAUAUAUCAAGUGUUUACUCCCAAGGGUUAUUGAAAACAUUGUCAGAAACACUUCAAACAUCAGGAGUGGACUUGUCCAGGUCAAGGAUCUCUGUACAAAUCAAGCUCUCUAAACAGCCUCAAGAGGAAGAAGAAGUUCAUCGGAAGGUUCGACCUCAUCUCCAAAGUGGAGAUGAAAACCACAACGAUGACGAAAACAAUAACAUCAAGCAGUCGCGUGCACAAAAGAAAUUGAAAAAACACCACAGCAUCAGAAACAUAUAAUAGAGAAACAGAGUAACACUAAGGCCAAUUCUUAUUUUUAUCCAUUUGUAGCAUCGGCUUGAAGAUGGAUCACACAAAAGGGUUAUAUUUGAUUCUUAUAUAUAUAAUUUUUUGACAUCAAAAUGCUAUUCUAUAAUUCGUAUUUGAGAUGGUAUAAAAUUAAAAACGGAAUAGAA